AUGAUCAAAUUAACAAUCCUAUCUGAAAAAUUGCCCGAGCUCACCAACGAACAAUUCAAACAUGAAUUUCGCGAAGUGCAUGCCAACCAAACGAAAGGUGUUGCGACCAACCUCGGUAUCAUCCUAAAAUAUGUCCAAGGGCUGGCUCUACCUCUAGUCGGCCAGAAAUCGCUGCCCAAUCUACCUCUGAAAGAAGGAAAAGACUGCCAUUCCUACGCACAGUUGACAUGGCCAGCCUUAGCGGUGAUGCAAGGCUCCUUUCUAACUGAGGACUAUCGCAACUCUGCUGGCAAACAUCGCUUUGCAAGUCCCCAGAUGAUCUUCUUGACCGAACAGCUUGAUCAGAUCCAUGGCAUAGAGAGCAAAAGUGGUGAUGAGAUCUGCGUUGUGGUUGUGGUGCAGGCAAAGUCCGAAGGCUCAGACUUCGAAAAACGAUGGGCAACCCAUGCGUCAUACUGCCUUUCUAUUUGUCCGAAAUACACAAGAAACCGUGUUGUUCCCCUAAAAUACUCUCAAAUCGGUACGAUUUUCGCUGGGACGCAAUUCGAUCCCAGCCGAGUAGUUGCCUCCGGAGGUUACGAGGAAUUUUGUUUUGGUGGGCACGCGGAAGCAGAAGACUUUUUUCACCGAUACGGAAAUAAGCUCGGGGAGUCGUAUUCGCAAUUUCUCGAUGACACUCAGUCCUGCUGCUAUGCGUUCGAUCGCCUCGUCCAAUUCGCUGACUCGGACCGAGGACUCUGGCAGAAAGCUUUUGGGCUUGUGGUGUCGACCGGUUUGCGAGCAAAGGUUUAUUGGGGACUACCAUGA